AUGGGUCAUUUACGUGAUGAUAAACUGGACGGCAUCCAUUCCGAUGAAACGAAUUCCGGAGAUAACUCGAAUGCUGGCUCGAGUAUAGGGCCUGACGAUGAUCAAGCUAGGCUGCGCCUCAAGCGGAAACUCCAAAGAAACCGAACGUCUUUCACGAACGACCAAAUCGAUAGUUUAGAAAAAGAAUUCGAACGUACUCAUUACCCAGACGUCUUCGCCAGAGAAAGACUAGCGGCAAAAAUAGGAUUACCCGAAGCACGAAUUCAAGUAUGGUUUUCGAACAGAAGAGCGAAAUGGAGGCGAGAGGAAAAAUUAAGAAAUCAACGGAGAGGGGCUCCCGCUCCGGCAGAACAUCCGGGACCUGCUUCAUCGCCACCUAGGCUGCAGAGCUUUAACAACACCUCCAUGUAUUCGCCGAUCGCGCCGCCAAUGUCUAUUGCUGAUACGUACAGCUCGAUGUCGGGCAUGUCAGGUUUCACCCACGGCGGUCUCACUUCUAGCAUGGGUCCGUCACCGGGCGCUUGUCUGCAGCAGAGGGAGAGCCCGACGAUGGGGAGUGCAAUGGGGGGAUACUGCAUGGGUCGACCACCCAGUUACGACCUCGGGAUAGGUUACGGGUCGAGACCGUCUCCUUGUAGCCCUUCGCAACCAUAUCAAAUGAACGGACACCAGUACAAUACUAAUGGAUCGUCUUCGACAGGAUUGAUAUCGCCUGGUGUGUCUGUGCCAAUAGCUGUACCAGGACAAACAGACAUGGCUUCCCAUCAAACAUACUGGCCCCGAAUACAGUGACCAUGGUGGAACUAAACCAAUAUGUUACUGAAAAUUGGCUGUUUUCAUUACCUUCAAUUUGCUGCGUACACCUCGAGCUUUUACCAUAUUUUUGUAAUUUUCCGUUUAUCCGUACUCUAUAUACAUGUGCAAAUUGGAAAAAGUGAGGUGGUUGGUGAAAAGAACCAACACAGAAGUUUGUAACAUAUUUAUUGAUGAAAACAAACAUGAUUGUACAGUGAAAAAACAGAGAGCACAUUUCAGUUCAAAUUUGGCCCUGUAGUUCAUAAAGUCGAGAGUCGAACUUUAAGAAAUGCUCCUUUGAAAAUUAUUUUUUGGCUCAUUAUGGGGUAAAGAUUAAAUAAAGGAACACAGAAAGGAAUGGGAAUGAAGGAAGAUAGUAGACGGAGAGAAUGAGAGGAAAUAAAGAGGAGGAAGAAUAGGAAAGAUGUGAGCAGAAAGAUACGACAGAGAGAGAUAGAGAGAGAACUGGAAAAGAUAUAAAAAUUGAUAUGAAAGUAGAGAGAAAGGAAAAUGCACCAAAAUCACAAACUGAGAGGUGGAAAAAUUAAAAUAGUUAAAAUAAAGCUAGUUGAAUUAGAUAUGAAGUAAAAAAACAGUGGAAAAAUGAAAAACACGUUGGAAAGAUAGAGAAAAUGGAAGAAAAUUAGUUUUAAAUCGAAGACUGUUGAAUUGAUGAAAGAGUGAAGCAGGUUCGAGUAAGAAAAAACGUAUUGACAAGGGAAUGGUUGAGAAUAUAAGAGUAAAAGAGGAGGUAGAAACCUGAGAUAGAAUCCGAGAAUGAAUAAACAUGUGAAAGGGUAAAAAUAAAAAACAAGAAUAUAUAUAGAAGACAAAAAUAAGAUAUGAGAACAGAAGGUGAAAGAGAGUGAUUGAAGAGUGAAUGACGGGGAAAGAAAAACCGUAAAGUAUCAACAACAAAAUGUUAACAAACAGUAAACGAAUGAUUUCCCGUUGAACAGAUUGUGAACAUUUCUUGAAUUAUGGAGCAUGUAUAGAAAAAAAAUUAAUCUUGGCCCGAGGUGCAAUAUUAAGGAUUUUCAGUCUUGUACGACAAAGGAAUAACGAAAUUCAAAACCAAUUUAAUACACAAUUGGAAAUGAUAUCGCUGAAAAUUUCCUCAGCAAAUGUCCAAUAAUACUUUUAAGAGUUUUGAAAGAAAUGAAAUGUAAAUCCCUGAAUUUUCAUGAAUGUCAUUUGAAGUAUUAUUUAUCGUUAUCCCUCACCAUUUUCAACCUGUUUUUGUGUGGACAUAUCCCAGAUAUCAGUCUUGUUAACCUCGUCAGAGGUAAAUGAAUCUUUGUGCAUGUGAUUUUUACAAACAUUUUUAAAUUGUGAGAAAUAGUUUUAGCAAUUCCUACCUUAUUU